AUCCGGCAGAAACCCCCCACAUUCAUCCCCACCCCCAGACAUACUGCAAGGAGCGGGAGCCCCUCAACCAUACUGGGAGCCCCCUUCUACCUGUUUAGCCAGGUAAUGGGGGGGGGGGGGUGCCUUUUUUUAUUUUUAAAACUUAUAUUAAAUUGCAAAUUAUUCAGAAAUGCAACACACGGGUCUCCCCUUAAAGUUGUCUAAUCACAUCAUCACCCUGAGAAAGAUUUACAUACAUUUCUGUUUUUAGUUCAUCUUGUGACUCUUUUCCCAGAAACACUUCAGGGCUGUUAAUUGAGCGAGUUUCAUUUCUGUAUUUUAUUUUAUUUUUAAAUUUUAUUUUAGAUUUUAUUGUAUCUUGUUGCCCAAAUGAAGUCCUUAGGCGCUUCUACCUUUGGAUACAUUGUUGCAUUUCAUUUUAUAGAUAGAUAUUAUUAUUAUUAUUAUUUUUUUAAUAGGAUGACUUUAUUUUGUCAUCGCACAGUUUAGACACCUAUUUGUGGGAUGGUCCUGGGUGCUGUGCAGUUUGGUGUCCAUUCCAUGACACCCCCCCCUCCCCACCUUCCAAAUUUGCAGUCAUUUCAUAGAAAAAAAAAUAGAAAAAAAGUUGCCUUCUUUCAGACUGGCCAUUUAUUUCACUGUGCGGUUUUGUAGUAGUAUUGGCUGGUGAAGUUUGUUGCAGUCGUGUUUGCUUUUAGUGUGAGUGUGUGUCAUUUGUUUAUAGGCAGCCUGCGUUAUUAGUAAACCUUCAUUCACACUUUGUUAAAAAAAAAAAAAAAAGGUUUGUCUUGGCCAAAGUGAGACAGUGCCUAGGUGCUAGGAGUGGGCGAAUGCUCAGGGUUAGCAAGGGUUAACUGUUCUUGUCUUAAGGGUUACAUUUCUUUUAUAAUCCCCCCCCCCCUUUCCAAAACUGGAACCCCCUUGUCCUUAUCUCCCCUUACCUAAAGUGCAACUUUUUUUUUUUAACAACACAUAAAAGUCACCCCCCCCCCCCUGCAGAAUAACGGUGCAGUCCCCUUCACUUACAUUCUAGGAGGACACUACAGCCAGCUCUGCUACACACAGAAGGGGGUGGGGGGUUGAGGGGGGGGGGGGACACUCUUUUUGAUUCUUGCAUAGACUUCUGCCAGUCCAUGUGGUGGGAGCCUUCCAGCCUGGGUGUCACUGUCUCUCUCUCUCUCCAAGUUCACAAGGUUUCAUUACAGUCCACUACUAUCCAAGGAUCUGCAUCUCCCAUUACACUCAACACCCCCCCCCCCCCCCCCUAAAGAGUUGUGCAAAAAAAAGCUUCUGGCCGAGGAUGCAGGUGGGGGAAGCUUUGACUCACCAUUGCAAGAUGUAAUUCUUGUAUUCAUUCUGCUUUGCAACCCUUAAGACAAGAUCACUGCUGUGAGGGUGGGGGAGAGACAGACAGACCCUGGAAGAAAGGGGGUCUGUGGGAGACUUUUUUUUGGGGGGCAUUCUUUGGCGCCCUGUGUUUAAAUGGGAUCUACCAAUGCCCACACUGUGCUGUGUUUGGUUGAUAGAGUCUGCGUGCUGCUGAUAUACAGUCGGAGCCCAUGAGAACUAGCUUCUGAUCCACUGUUAUCAAUGAAGCAGAUGAUGGCGGAUGGCCCCAGGUGUAAGAGGCGAAAACAAGCCAAUCCAAGGAGGAAAAACGUUUUGAAUUACGACAAUGUAGUGGACACGGGUUCGGAAACAGAUGAAGACGACAAGCUUCAAAUUGCUGAAGAUGACAGUAUUAUUACCACUUUGGACCAGGAAACCAGUCCAGCCAGUAUGCUCAACCAUGAGUCUUCUCCGCAUGCCAACCAGGCUUUGCUGGCUAGAGAAGAAGAGGAAGAUGACUUGAGAGAUGGAGGAAUGGAUCACAGUUGGCACAAUGAUGAUCUCCUGAAAACGCCUAUAGAUGGCUCUGAUGAAAUGAAGGGAGAAUAUGACUGUAUGGGGCCAGAAGCCACUCACGCAACCACUAUAAACAACGGUACAGUGAAGAACACGAAUUGCACUUCGGAAUUUGAGGAGUAUUUCGCCAAAAGAAAAAUGGACGAUGGCGUCGGGCACGGAGUUAGCAUAGCAGAGUACCUGCAUCGCAGUGACACGGCCAUCAUUUACCCAGAAGCCCCUGAGGAGCUUUGCCGCUUGGGUACCCCGGAGGCCAACGGUCAGGAAGAGAAUGACCUACCACCUGGAACACCAGAUGCCUUUGCCCAGCUGCUGACCUGUCCCUAUUGCGACCGAGGCUACAAGCGGUUGACGUCACUAAAGGAGCACAUCAAAUACCGCCAUGAGAAAAACGAGGAGAACUUUUCCUGUCCUCUCUGUAGCUAUACAUUUGCCUACCGCACCCAACUCGAGCGGCAUAUGGUGACGCACAAGCCAGGGAGAGAUCAGCACCAACUGUUGACCCAGGGAGCUAGCAAUCGCAAGUUCAAGUGCACAGAGUGUGGCAAGGCAUUCAAGUACAAACACCAUUUAAAGGAACACCUGCGAAUACAUAGCGGGGAGAAACCAUAUGAAUGCCCAAAUUGCAAGAAACGCUUCUCCCAUUCAGGGUCCUACAGUUCACACAUUAGCAGUAAAAAAUGCAUUGGCCUAAUCUCUGUGAACGGGAGGAUGAGAAACAACAUGAAGGCGGGUUCAUCUCCUAACUCUGUGUCUUCAUCUCCCACUAACUCAGCCAUAACACAACUCCGGCACAAACUGGAGAAUGGUAAACCACUCGGUAUGACUGACUCUUCAGGCUUGUUGAAGAUCAAAACUGAAACGCUAGAUUAUAAUGAUUAUAAACUUCUUAUGGCAGCCUCUCACGGGUUCAACGGUCCUAAUCCAUUCAUGAAUGGUGGUCUUGGAGCAACCAGCCCCCUCGGAAUUCACUCCUCAGCGCAAAGUCCAAUGCAGCACUUAGGUGUCGGGAUAGAAGCAUCGUUACUUGGGUAUCCAACCAUACACAGUAAUUUAAGUGAGGUGCAGAAGGUCUUAGAAAUUGUGGACAACACCGUUUCUAGACAGAAGAUGGAAUACAAGAAUGAUGAGAUUGCAAAGUUGAAGGGCUAUCACAUGAAAGAAACAGGACCUCAAGGAGAGGAUCAAGGUAUGACAUCUCCUGGUAUUCCACAAGUCGGUCUUCCUGUAGUAAGUCAUAAUGGUGCCACUAAAAGUAUUAUAGACUAUACGUUGGAGAAGGUGAAUGAAGCCAAAGCUUGUUUACAGAGCUUGACCACGGAAUCAAGAAGGCCAUUUAACAGUAUUAAGAAGGAAAAGUUACGUACUUUGAUAGACCUUGUAAGUGAAGAAAAGAUGUUAGAGAGCCAUAAUAUAUCCACUCCAUUUUCUUGCCAGUUUUGUAAAGAAAGUUUUAACGGCCCCAUUCCUUUACAUCAACAUGAACGAUACUUAUGUAAAAUGAAUGAGGAAAUAAAAGCAGUCCUCCAACCCAGUGAAAAUCUAAUUCUCAAUAAACAGGGAAUGUUUGCUGAGAAACAAGCACUCCUGCUGUCGUCGGUACUUUCCGAGAAAGGAAUGACUAGCCCAAUCAACCCAUACAAGGACCACAUGUCUGUACUUAAAGCUUAUUACGCUAUGAAUAUGGAACCUAACUCUGAUGAACUACUGAAAAUUUCCAUAGCAGUUGGCCUUCCUCAGGAAUUUGUGAAGGACUGGUUUGAACAAAGAAAAGUCUACCAAUAUGCAACUUCCAGGUCACCGUCUUUGGAAAGGACCAGUGUGGAAGUGGCUCCAGUAAACACCACUCCCACUAAAGACUCUCUGUCAGCUAGAUCACCAGUAAAACCUGUGGAUUCUAUCACUUCACCGUCUAUAGCGGAACUUCAUAACCGGGUAUCUAAUUGUGAUACACCUCUCAGGCUAACAAAACCUAGUCAUUUUGCUGGUCUGAAGCCAGUCGUAGAUAAAUUGGACCACUCCAGGAGCAAUACUCCAUCUCCAUUAAAUCUUUCUUCCACAUCUUCUAAAAACUCCCAUAGUAGUUCUUACACUCCAAACAGUUUUUCCUCAGAGGAGCUUCAAGCUGAGCCUUUGGACUUAUCUGUGCCAAGACUAAUGAAGGAAUCGAAAAGUGUUACAGCCGCAAAGAACAAAACCAAACCUAAUAACAUCACUAUUGAACACAACAGUGUUCCUUUACAUCCUGACAUGGUAGAUGAGCCCCUGAACUUAACGUACAUUAAGAAAGAAUUUUGUAAUGCUAAUAAUCUGGACAAAAGCACUAACCCACUAUUUGGUCUGAAUCCAUUUAGUGGAAAACCUUUGUACACGGCGCUUCCACCACAGAGCGCCUUUCCACCAGCCACUUUUAUGCCGCCAGUACAGGCUAAUAUCCCUGGGUUGCGACACUACCCAGGGCUUGAUCAAAUGAGCUUCCUUCCACACAUGGCCUACACAUACCCAACUGGAGCAUCUACAUUUCUUGAUAUGCAGCAGCGGAGGAAAUAUCAACGAAAACAGGGAUUUCAGGGUGAAAUGCUUGAUGGAACCCCGGAUUACAUGUCAGGUCUAGAUGAUAUGACGGAUUCUGACUCCUGCCUGAGCCGAAAGAAGAUUAAAAAGACAGAGAGUGGCAUGUACGCGUGUGAUUUAUGUGAUAAGACAUUCCAGAAAAGUAGCUCCCUCUUGAGACAUAAAUACGAACAUACAGGAAAAAGGCCACACCAGUGUCAGAUUUGUAAAAAAGCAUUUAAACAUAAACACCAUCUAAUAGAACAUUCACGUCUGCACUCCGGCGAAAAGCCAUACCAAUGUGACAAGUGCGGGAAGCGUUUCUCACAUUCUGGGUCCUACUCACAGCACAUGAACCAUAGGUAUUCCUACUGUAAAAGAGAGGCCGAAGAAAGGGAGGCCGCGGAGAGGGAAGCCAGAGAGAAGGGUCAUUUAGAACCGACAGAGCUGCUGAUGAAUCGAGCUUACUUACAGAGUAUAACACCUCAGGGCUACUCUGACUCAGAGGAAAGAGAAAGUAUGCUGAGAGAUGGAGAGAUUGA